AACAUUUAUCCGAUAUUAGCGAUAUUAGUAUAACGAAGAAACGGAAGAUAGUAGCAAAUAUACAGAUCGCAUCGUAUGAACUGGUAAAACUAAGUGAUACGAACUUGUAAAUGAAAUGAAAUAACGAAAACUUGUUCGUUGAAACUCGACGGAAACCUACGAAGAUCGAAUUUCCUAUGCGAUAUAUUUCUGAUUUUAUACAAAGAAUGAAAUUCCGAGUUUGCCUAAUUACCUGCAAUUUCCUAAAAGGGAAUGCGAUGUUUCCGUUGUCUCGUAGUCUUGUAUAUGCAUAACUUGCAGCCGUUACACCGGCGAGUAACGAAAUUCGCGUGCUAUUUAUGACACAAUACCGCGAUAAACGGGAUAAAUGUAUAUGCGUGGACAAUAUGUGAGUAAAAUUAGAAGAGAAUCCGGACAACGUAUAUAGGACCAGAGGAUGGAAUAGGGAGCGUUACAUAAGCGUUACUUACAUAGAUAAUUAUGUUUACCAAAGUGAUAGAAGUAUUCGGACGCGUAAAGAUACACGCGACGUAAGCACCGCAGUCGUGUGACCGUUACGUUUCAAUCGAUGCGAAGACACGGAGUAAGAUGCGAGUAUUUCACAGCGAAUAGUAAUUUUGUGAAUUUUUUAAACGUGUCUGCAUUUAAUACGAAAAAAUCAGAAAUAUCGAUAGUGAAACUACAUAAAAAGAAAGAUCUUAUCGAGAAAUUGCGAAACAUGGGAAGAAAGGUGGUCGACUGUACUCUACAUAAUUUAGAAAUGGAAAAAUGAAAGGAAUAGUAUCUUAUAAUAAGGACGAAGGAAGAGACGAUCUUCCAGAGGAGAGAAGAGAAGUUUAUUAUAGGGAACACGUAGGUGAAAACGUAUGCACUUCUGCUUCGAAACUUGCCAAUAUAAUUGUCGGUAGUUUCGAAAAGAACGUGUACGACGAAUUGUAGAAUCGCAAUUGUGGUUCAGAAUUCUUACGGAAAAAGCAGGAAGAUAUAGGCGAAGGAAACACGCAUGAAGAAAAAAAUAGCUUUUGGAAGAAAUCGUAUCGAUGAAGAUAAUAUUGGGAUCGUUGGGAUCAAAUCAUCCGAGAUUAGAGUGAAUUCUGUCUUUUUGCCCUAGAUCAACGACACGAUAUAUGGAAAAAGAGAAAUAUACAUGUACAAUAAUAAAAACAAAUUUACUACCGACUGUAAAGCUCGAUUAUGGUAGGGCGAUGUACGACGACGAAUGGGACCGGAAUUCUCGUGUUCGUUAACGAAAUUUCAAACAAACCGCAAGAACCUUAAACUUGUCGAUUAUACCGCAAUAUGCCGACCAUUUGGCGAAGAAAAAAGUCACCGGUGUUCUUGUAAAUGGAACGACCGGGGAAGGCCCAUCCAUGACUACGAGCGAAAGAAAAUUAGUUGCCGAAGCGUGGGCAAAUGCCGUCAAAACAACGAAGCAACAUUUGAUGAUUCAAGUGGGCGGUACAUCUCUUCCUGAUGUUCUUGAACUUGCAAAACACGCUGAAAACGUUAAAGCAGAUUCCAUUCUCUGUCUACCGGAGUUAUACUUCAGCCCAAGCACUUCUGAGCAAUUGAAGGAUUAUUUGAAGCUAGUCGGUUCGGCAGCUCCAAAUACACCGCUUCUAUAUUAUCAUAUUCCGAGCUUGACUAACGUCGAUGUGCAUAUGGCGCAGUUUCUUGAAUCUGUCGGCGAGGAAGAGAUACCAACUUUCGUAGGAAUAAAAUUCACAAGUUCUAGCUUAGACGAAGGUGCUCAAGCUUUUCAUGUUACCAACGAUAAAUUCGCCGUAUUCCUUGGAAACGAUCAGUUGAUAACCGCUGCUUGUGCAUUAGGAAUGAAUUCCUUUAUAACAACAGGUUCGAAUAUGUUCUCCGAAAUUGUACUCGAAACUCUUGCAGCCGGUCUUGCAGGAAACGUCAUGAAAGGAAGAGAAACGCAACAACGUUUGACAAACGCUGUGAUGAAUGUAUCGAAAUAUGGAACCUGGGUAGAAACUAUGAAAACAGCAAUGACUCUGUUAACGGGCAUCAAUCCUGGACCUCCACGUGCGCCUCUGAAACCUUUGUCUGUUCAAACUGUAGCAUCAAUGGCGAAAGAUUUACAAAAUUUAGGAUUUAAUGUAAAACUCUAAUGUAUCAAUAAUGUAUGAAAAAUAAUGUUUACCAUUAUCUUUCCAAUAAAAUUUAUGCAAAAUAAUAACAUUUACUAUUAUUUCUAUCGAAACUUUUGGGGUGUUACCAUUUGUAAUUAACACACUUAACCGUAUUUAUUACAUUUGUAACUACAAUCGUCAAAGUGAACGAACGUCGAAGUAAAACUACGCGAGUUCGGCAUUUCCGAAUCCACAGAAUAUGCUGUAAACGUGAUUGCCUUGAAUUCGCUUUUAGUA